AUGUCUCUUACCUCUGUUGUAGUCGCUGCAAAGACAAAGCAAACAGCCACUGUUUUAUGGUGUCAUGGCCUCGGCGACACUGGGUCAGGCUGGUCUUUUUUGGCCGAGCAACUCUCGCCUUUAUUUCCUCACGUCAAGUGGAUUUUACCCAACGCACCUAUCAAACCAGUCAGUCUGAAUGGUGGCUACCCUAUGCCUGCUUGGUUCGAUCUUUCAGGUUUGGACAAGUUUAGUUUGAAGGAUGAGGAUGAAAGGGGCAUGCUUGCCUCCGUUACUUCAGUGAGCCGUAUCAUCCGUGAUGAAGUAGACAACGGCAUCCCGGCCAAUCGCAUCAUUGUGGGUGGUUUCUCUCAAGGCUGUGUGCUUGCCUUGUUGACUGGAUUAACAUCUGAAUAUAAGCUUGCUGGUAUUGUUGGAUGCAGUGGAUGGCUCGGCCUAUCAGCUAAAUUUCCUAGCAUUGCCAGUGAUGCCAACAAAAAGACACCCAUCCUGAUGUGUCAUGGCGACGCUGAUCCUGUUGUAAAGCCUGAAUAUGGAUUUGAAUCAGCCGAUAAAUUACAAUCCAUGGGCUACAAUGUCACUAGAAAGGUGUAUCCAGGUCUUCCUCAUUCUGCCAAUGAAGAGGAGAUCAGAGAUAUUGCUCAAUUCCUCCAAAAGACUAUUCCUUCCAACUAA